AUGUCGACCUCUCCUGUCCUCUCCUUAUAUUCAUAUUCUACAUUUCUCCUUUCUUCUUCCGUUUCAUUAUAUUCUUACUUGCGUUUCCUUCUUCCCCCCAUUGUCCACUCUUUAUAUUCUUACGCGUUUCCUUCUUCCGUUUCCAUGUCAACCUCUCCUCUCUUUAUAUUCUUACGCGUUUCCUUCUUCCUCUUUAAUGUCCUUCUUCCGUCUCCACUCUCCUUUAUAUUUUUUCGUUUCCAUGGCCUCUCCUCUCUUUAUAUUCUUUAUUUUCCUUCUUCCGUUUCCAUAUUCUUACGGCAGCCUCUCCUCUCUUUAUAUUCUUACGCGUUUCCUUCUUCCGUUUCCAUGUCAACCUCUCCUCUCUUUAUAUUCUUAAGCGUUUCCUUCUUCCUCUUUCAUGUCAGCCUCUCCUCUCUUUAUAUUCUUACGCCUUUCCAAUGUCAGCCUCUCCUCUUUUAUAUUCUUACGCGUUUCCUUCUUCCGUUUCCAUGGCAGCCUCCUUACUUUCCUUCUUCUUUAUAUUCUCUCUUUAUAUUCUUGCGUUUCCUUCUUCCCGUUUCCAUGUCAUCCUCUCACUCUCUUUAUAUUCUUACGCCUCUUUCCUCUCUUUAUAUUCUUUUUAUUCUUACGCCUUCUUCCUCUUUAAUUUCUCCUUUUAUAUUCUUCCGUUUCCAUCUUCCGUUUCCAUGUCAGCCUCUCUCUCUUUAUAUUCUUUAUAUUCUUUCCAUGUCAGCCUCUCCUCUCUUCUUCCGUUUUCCUUCUUCAUGUCAGCCCUCCUCUCUUUAUAUUCUUACGUUUCCUUCUUCCGUUUUCACUCUCCUCUUUAAUUCUUUUCGGCCUCUCUCCUCUCUUUAUAUUCUUACGCGUUUCCUUCUUCCUCUUUAA